ACCACCACGCUGGAUCCCCGUUCAACCAGACCUUGGGGAGACCACUCCAAAUAAAGACAAAGCUGUCUCUGAGCCCUAAAUCGAGCAAGAAAGAUGUGAAGAAAGACGGACUGAUGUGGUCCUUUAAGCGGCCAAAGCAGGCUGAUCUGGCGCGUGCCAUCUCCUCCUCCCAGACCGACCUACGCACCGCACCUCGUCACGAGGAGCCUGGAGGGGAGAGCUGGACAGCUGGCCAGCUAGAGGACUGCCCGUUGCCCAGAGGCUCACCUCUGCUCGGCUCCACACGCCUCGAGAGGAUCGAGAGGGUCUCCCGCUCAGCAGAUAUGCACGGACAGCUGGCAAAGAGCAACGAGGACGUUAAUGCAGGUGGUCAUGACACAGUCUACACACAGUCUAUGCUGCCCAGUCCAGGAAUGUACAAGCUGGACAUAUUACUGAAGAGAGGUCAUAAUCUAGCAAUAAGGGACAGAGGGGGAACAAGUGACCCAUAUGUGAAGUUCAAAUUAGGCAAGAAAGAAGUUUUUCGCAGCAAGGUCAUCUACAAGAACCUUAAUCCAGUGUGGGAUGAGAGAUUUUGCCUGCCCAUAGACAAUCUACAUGAGCCUCUUUAUAUUAAGGUUUUUGACUAUGACUUUGGCUGUCAUGAUGACUUUAUGGGGUCAGCAUACUUGUACCUGGACUCACUGGAGCUCCGAAGAUUUCUUGAUGUCAGAUUGGAUCUCCUGGAUUCCCAAUGCCCUAUGCAAGACCUCGGCUUUCUAGAACUAGCAAUUAUGCUGAGCCCCAAAGAUGGAUGGGAUAGAGAAGUGAGUGAAAAGGGGCUUAAAGCUCACCGCUGGAAGCCAUAUUUGGCUAAAACCAUGCUACUGACAAGGAGCUGGAAACGAACCAGUAAGCAACAGCAGCAGAGUCAGCGACUGUCUGAAGUGCACAAGAAGUCUCAGCUGUGGAGGAGCAUGGUGAGCAUCAGCCUCAUAGAGGGUCGUGACCUCAUUCCUAUGGAUCAGAAUGGCCUUAGUGACCCCUAUGUCAAAUUCAAACUUGGCAAUGAAAAGUACAAAAGCAAGACCAUGUCUAAGACCCUGAACCCUCAGUGGAGGGAACACUUUGAUCUGCAUGUGUUUGAUGAGGACGGGGGAGUCCUCGAGAUCUCAGUGUGGGACAAGGACACAGGCAGGAGGGAUGACUUCAUGGGCCGGUGUGCCUUGGACCUGUCUGCUUUGAGUAGAGAGCAGACCCAUAAACUGGAGUUGGACCUUGAAGAUGGACAAGGCCAGCUGAUGCUGCUGGUCACUCUCACGGCCUCCGCUGCUGUCUCGAUCUCCGACUUGUCCAUCCACCUGCUUGAUGACCCACAUGAGUGCCAGCAGAUCCUUAACAAAUAUAGCUUGCUUAGGUCUUUCUGCAAUCUGAGUGAUAUUGGGAUUGUACAGGUGAAGAUAUUACGAGCUGAGGGUCUGAUGGCUGCCGAUGUUACAGGAAAGAGUGAUCCUUUUUGUGUAAUAGAACUGUGUAAUGAUCGUCUGCAGACUCAUACAGUGUACAAGAAUCUCAAUCCAGAGUGGAAUAAAGUUUUUACUCUGAAUGUGAAAGACAUCCAUUCGGUGCUGGAAGUCUCCGUUUAUGAUGAGGACAGAGAUAAGAAUGCUGAUUUUCUGGGAAAAGUGGCCAUUCCAUUAUUAAAUAUCCACAAUGGCGAACAGAAGGCCUACAUCUUGAAAAACAAGGAGAUGACAGGGCCAACAAAGGGGGUCAUCUUCCUUGAAGCAGACGUCAUCUACAACAGCGUGAAAGCCAGCCUGCGGACCUUUGAGACACCAGAACAAAAAUAUAUAGGAGAAGAAUCCAAAGUCUCCAAACAGUUGCUGCUGCAGAAUUUUAACCGAGUGAAGCGCUGCAUCAUGUUCCUCAUUAACAUGGGCUCCUAUAUCAACAGCUGCUUUGAGUGGGAGUCUCCCAGGAGGAGCAUUUGUGCUUUCCUGGCAUUUGUGUUGGUGGUUUGGAACUUAGAGCUCUAUAUGGUUCCACUGUCGCUGCUGCUCUUCCUGGGUUGGAACUACUUCCUGCUGGCCUCUGGGAAAGAAACCCGGGAAGGCAGUGUGCAAGCAAUGGAAGACCUUCUUGAGAGUGAAGAUGAAGAAUGUGAAAAAGAUGAAAAGGACUCUGAUAAAAAGGGCUUUAUGGACAAGCUAUAUGCUAUUCAGGACGUGUGCAUCAGUGUACAGACAGCACUUGAUGAAGUGGCCUCCUAUGGAGAGAGAAUAAAGAACAUUUUCAACUGGACUGUGCCUUUUCUUAGCUGGCUAGCCAUAGCAGCACUGUGUGUUGCAUCUUUGUUAGUGUACUUGAUUCCUCUGAGAUACAUUGUGUUGGUCUGGGGUAUCAAUAAAUUCACCAAGAAACUUCGUAACCCGUACCUUAUUGACAACAAUGAGCUGUUGGACUUCCUUUCCAGAGUUCCCUCGGAUGUACAAGUGGUUCAGUACAAAGAGCUGAAGACAGAACAUAGACAAAGCCCCAACAAGCGAAAGUAAAACAAUCCAGCUUAACUACAUUCUUAUUAAAUAAAGGUUCUUAAUGGAUCUAUAUCUAUAUCUAUAACUGGUAUAAAACCUUUACAUUUUAUUGAGGUUUGUUGACCUUGCAUGUCUCAUUGACAUUUGAUUCCAUUUGGCACCAUUAUUUUAAAGAUUGUAUGUACUGGUACAUAAGCAGGGCUAAGCGUGCCAUGGUCAUGUUUGUUCAUUGCAAAGUGAGUAGUGUUCAUGUUUUGUCGAUUAUAGAAAAAGUGUAUUUUACUUUGGAAAAUUAUCUUUUUAAUUGUCAGUGACUCUAAAUGUUGAUUUAAAAAUGAUGUAGGCAUGUCACAUGACAAUUCCAGUUAUACCAAAGAACUAAGCUUAGAACCAAUUUUUUCUAAACAAUAAAUCAUCCAUGGCCACUAAAGGAGGCCCUGUUUUCACCUAUAAGUAGCAGAUGUUGCUUUACCAUGAUUGUAAUGUUGGUAAAGCAACAUGCUUUGUUUGUAACCUUUUUAUAUUUAACAAUUGUUAAAUGAAGACAGAUUUAAAUGAUACAUUUCUAGUCAAUAAAAUGAUCUUCAAAUUAAGAAUAAAGAAUGCAUCGAUAACUUAUA